CACGACUCGACACAACCUACUACCAUCUUUAUUGCAUUUGAUACCUUUCAGGAGUCCACCAGCCAUAGUCUAUAGAUGGCUCCGCCGUUGCGCGUGGGCAAUUUAAAUCAUAUGAGAGACGCUGUAAAUAACUAAAAUUCAAAUUGAAAGUCGUUAUUCCAGUUAUGAGCAAGCAUUAUAGUCAAUGAUUUUUCCCGCCAAAUUCAUCUGCUAUUCUUCUAAUCUGCCGCUCCUCUAGCUAUAAACUAUGCGAUUCAAAAUACCCACUAACAUCUCUCCUCAUCUAGGAGAAAAACUGCUCAAACCCAUUCUAAAUUCGGGCGAUUUAAGUCGUGCACGCCAACUGUUCGAUAAAAUUCCUGAACCAAAUCUACAUUCUUGGGCAAACUUGAUUUCUGCUUACACAAAGCAAGGUCACUCAAAUGAAGCAGUGAAGUUGUAUACUUUAUUCAGGAAGCAGAACAUUCAGCUGCCAGAUAGAAUACUGCUUCUAUCAGCUGUCAAGGCUUGUGCUGCAUCUGCUGAUAUUUCGAAAGCGAAAGAGAUUCAUGAUGAUGCUGUUAGGUUUCGGUUUCUGUCUGAUCUUACUGUGGGAAAUGCGUUGAUUAAUAUGUAUGGGAAAUGUAAGUGCUGUGAGGGUGCUCUGUCUGUUUUCAAUGAGUUGCCUGUCAAGGAUGUUAUUUCUUGGACAUCAUUGUUGUCGAGUUAUGUCAGUUGUGGGUUUCUUGGGGAUGCUUUGAUCGUGUUUCGUGAGAUGGGGUUGAGUGGAUUAAGGCCGAAUGAAGUGACAGUGUCUUCGAUUCUGCCUGCCUGUUCUAAAUUGAAGUGCUUGGAUUUAGGUAGACAAAUUCAUGGGUACGUUGUGAAAGAUGGGUUUGGAGAGAAUACAUUUGUUACUAGUGCGCUUGUUGACUUGUAUGCAAGUUGCUCAUGUUUGAAAGAGGCUCAAUUAGUGUUUGAUAGUAUGCUUGUGCGUGAUAUCGUCUCUUGGAAUGUUAUCUUAUUGGCGUAUUUCUUAAAUGGAGAAUCAGAGAGGGCUCUCGGCCUAUUUGGUGAAAUGAGAACACAUGGGGUCACCUUAAACUAUGAUUCGUGGAAUACUGUGAUUGGUGGCUGUGUUCAUAAUGGAGAGAACACCCAAGCUCUUGAAUUGCUUGUCCAAAUGCAGGUUCAAGGGCUCAAACCCAAUCAUAUUACCUUAACUAGUGCUUUACCUGCAUGCUCGAACUUAGAGAGCUUAAGGAAGGGAAAGGAGAUACAUGCAUACAUUUUAAGGAAUAGGAUUUUCGCUGAUAUGACUACCACAACAGCCUUGAUUUAUAUGUAUGCUAAAUGCGGUGAGCUUGAGAUUUCCAGUCAGAUAUUUAACAUGAUGCCUAGAAAGGAUGCUAUAGCUUGGAAUACCAUGAUUAUUGCAAAUGCCAUGCAUGGGAGAGGGGAAGAAGCUUUGUUGCUCUUCAAAAAUAUGAUAACUUAUGGGGUUAAGCCAAAUUCUGUAACUUUUACAGGGGUUCUCUCUGGUUGCAGUCACUCAAGACUUGUUGAUGAGGGUCUUCAAGCUUUUCAUUCAAUGAGGGAUCACUUUAUUGAGCCCGACGCAGAUCAUUAUUCAAGUUUAGUUGAUGUACUCAGUCGUGCUGGUCGCCUAAAAGAAGCUUAUGAAUACAUUCAGAAUAUGCCCAUGAAACCAACUGCUGCUGCCUGGGGAGCUUUACUUGGUGGUUGUAGAGUGUAUAAGAAUGUUGAUUUGGCACGAAUCGCUGCCAAGCAUCUGUUUGAAAUUGAACCUGACAAUCCUGGAAAUUAUGUUUUAUUGUCAAACAUCUUUGUUGCUGGCAAACUGUGGGGUGAAGCUUCUAAGUAUAGGAAAAUAAUGGAAGAAAAGGGAAUAUCAAAACCUCCAGGUUGUAGUUGGAUUCAGGUCAAGAACAAGGUUUACUCAUUUGUUGUUGGUGAUAAUAGCAAUGAACAAAGUGAUAAAAUAUCCCAAUUCUUAAGUGACAUCAGAUAUAAGGUCAGACUGGCUGGGUAUUUGCCAAAUACUGAUUUUGUUCUGCAAGAUCUGGAUCAAGAAGAGAAAGAGGAAGUCUUAUGCAACCAUAGUGAGAAGCUAGCAGUUGCUUUUGGGUUGCUGAAUUUAAACGGGGAAUCUUCAAUUCGUGUGUUCAAAAAUUUAAGAAUAUGUGGUGACUGUCAUAAUUUCAUAAAAUUCACAGCCAAGGUUGUUGGCAUACAGAUAAUUGUUAGAGACUCUUUGAGAUUUCACCAUUUCAAGGAUGGCUUGUGCUCUUGUCAAGACUUUUGGUGAUUACUUCAUUGAAAAUCUGGUA